ACUUAUAUUAAGGACAAACAUCGAGUUUCUUACACAGAAUACUGAAGAUGUCGACCCUUACAGUCCCAGCACAAGUUCCUUCUCCGGCCGAAGACUCCGAGCAGCUCAAAAAAGCCUUCAAAGGAUGGGGAACCAAUGAGGACUUGAUCAUAUCCAUCUUGGGGCAUAGAAAUGCUGCUCAAAGAAAAGCUAUCCGAAAAACUUAUGCCGAAAGUUAUGGAGAAGAUCUCCUUAAGGAACUGGACAAAGAACUUACAAGGGACUUUGAGAGGAUUGUUAUGCUUUGGACGCUUGAUCCUGCUGAGCGCGAUGCAUUUUUAGCCAAUGAGGCGACAAAGAAGUGGACUUCAAGCAAUCAGGUUCUUGCGGAAAUAGCCUGCUCUAGGUCAUCACAUGGCCUACUUUUGGCAAGGCAGGAAUAUCAUUCGCGCUACAAGAAGUCCCUUGAAGAGGAUGUUGCACAUCACACAACUGGGGACUUCCGCAAGCUUUUGGUGCCCCUUGUCAGCUCAUAUAGAUAUGAGGGAGAUGAGGUGAACAUGACUCUGGCAAAAUCAGAGGCUAAGCUACUCCAUGAAAAGAUCUCCGACAAAGAAUACAAUCAUGAGGAGAUCAUCAGGAUUUUGGCUACACGUAGCAAAGCGCAGAUCAAUGCAACUCUCAAUCACUACAAGAAUGAAUUUGGUAAUGAUAUCAAUAAGGAUUUGAAAGCUGACCCCAAGGACGAGUACCUCGCAAUUCUAAGGUCCACAAUCAAGUGCUUGAUCUGCCCUGAGAAGUAUUUCGAGAAGUCUCUUCGUCUGGCAAUCAACAGACUAGGAACGGAUGAAGGUGCUCUCACCAGAGUUGUUGCUACAAGGGCUGAGGUUGACCUGAAGAUUAUAAAGGAGGAGUACCACAAGAGGAAUAGUGUCACUCUGGAUCAGGCCAUUAAGAAAGACACUCAUGGGGAUUAUGAGUCAGUGCUACUGGCCCUGGUUGGACAUGAGAAUGCUUAAACCUAUAUGGUCUUUUGAGGACACAUUAUACUUGAUGUGUUAUGUGGUUUCUUACGUUUUGAGGUUAUGCCUCUUUGAAUAAAACUAUCUGCGGCAAUAUGACAUUACAGAUUCAUAUUUGAAAUAAAUAGUUGCCUCAAGUAAAGUUGAAGUUGUUAAAGUUAA